ACCUUUCAGUUCAAGGGAGAAGAAUGAGAAAGCCCGUCAGUUUUGCAAGUCAGCAGAUGGUUUAUGAAAAACUGGCUCGGCCCUUGCUUGAAAGAGCAUUUGAGGGAUUUAACACUUGUCUUUUUGCCUACGGCCAAACAGGUUCUGGAAAGUCCUACACUAUGAUGGGUUUUGGUGAAGAGGCUGGAGUUAUUCCCAGGUUCUGCGAGGAACUUUUCUCAAGAUUGUCCAGAACUGAAACCAAAGAGAUAUCUUGCCAUCUGGAGAUGAGCUAUUUUGAGGUGUACAAUGAGAAAAUCCAUGAUUUGCUGGUGGCAAAGGACGAGCAAAACCUGAAGAAAAUGCCUUUGCGUGUCAGAGAACAUCCCGUUUACGGGCCUUAUGUUGCAGACCUGUCCACGAAUGUUGUCACGUCCUAUGCUGAUAUUCAGACUUGGCUUGAACUCGGUAACAAACAGAGAGCCACGGCCGCCACCGGCAUGAACGAUAAAAGCUCCAGAUCGCACUCUGUUUUCACUCUGGUCAUGACACAAACUAAAACUGAGUUUGUGGAGGAAGAGGAGCACGAUCACUACAUCACCAGCCGGAUAAAUCUGGUAGAUUUGGCAGGAAGUGAGCGUUGUACUUCAGCCCAGACCAGUGGAGACCGGCUCAGGGAGGGAGCAAGUAUCAACAAGUCUCUGCUCACUCUGGGAAAGGUGAUCUCGUCACUCUCGGAACAGGCUCAGAGCAGAAAGAAAGUCUUCACCCCAUACAGAGAGUCAGUGCUCACAUGGUUACUGAAGGAAAGCCUUGGUGGGAACUCCAAGACAGCCAUGAUCGCCACCCUGAGCCCUGCGGCCAGUAGCAUGGACGAGAGCCUGAGCACGCUGCGUUACGCCCAGCAGGCCCGUAUGAUCAUUAACAUAGCCAAAGUCAACGAGGACACCAAUGCCAAACUGAUCCGAGAGCUGAAAGCAGAGGUGGAGAAGCUCCGUGCAGCUCAGAUGAGCUCUCAGGGCAUCGAGCCAGAGAAAAUGAGACUGUUUCAGCAAGAGAUUGUCACUCUUAAAACUAAACUCUGUCAACAGGAGCACGAAAUGGCUGAGGCUCACAGAACUUGGAAGGAAAAGCUGGAAGAGGCAGAAAGGAGAAAACGCGAGGAAACCAAAGAGCUGCAGCGCUCCGGUGUCACCUUUAAAGUGGAUAAUCGGCUGCCUAACCUUGUGAACCUGAAUGAGGAUCCGCAGCUGUCAGAGAUGCUGCUGUACAUGAUUAAAGAGGGCGAGACCAAGGUCGGCAAGCUCAAGUCUGAGUCGGCCCACGACAUCCAGCUGUCUGGAGCUCUCAUCGCUGAUGAGCACUGUGUCAUCUCCAGUGUGAAAGGUACCGUCAGCAUUAAACCAAUGCCGAAUGCCAAGACCUUUUUGAAUGGACAUCUUGUGUCUGAGCUCACCGUUCUCCAUCACGGAGACCGUGUGAUUCUUGGAGGAGAUCACUACUUUCGUUUCAACCACCCCGCUGAGGUUCAGAGCGGGAAGCGCGCGUCCUGUUGGAACAGUGGAGAUGGUCAAAAAGACUUUGAGUUUGCCAAAAAUGAACUGCUGUCGGCCCAGAGAGCUCAGCUUGAAGCGGAGAUCGAGGAGGCUCGGUUGAAGGCCAAAGAGGAGAUGAUGCAGGGCAUUCAGGUAGCAAAAGAGAUGGCACAGAAAGAGCUGAGUGAGCAGAAGAGUCUGUACGAGAACAGGAUCAAAGCUCUGGAGAGAGAGCUGGAGGAAGAGAGUGAAAGGAAAAGAGAACAGGAGCUGGAUAAAAAGAGGGUCGUCAGCCAGGUAGAGCAAUUGCAUACAGCAAAGACUCUACUGGAGCAGGAAGUCAACACCCAUAAAAGACGUCUGCAGAUGGAGGCCCAGGCUACUAGACAGGCUUUGGCCGAUAAUAAUGUCCGGCAUGCUAAAAUUGUGGAGGCCCUUGAGGCGGAGAAGAGGAAGAUUGUAGAAGACCUUGCUCAGAUUGAGAGGAGACGUGCUCUUAAAGUGACCCAGACCCCUAAAACAGCCUACCCACAGUGGGACACCAUGAAGCUGUCUUUGAUGAUUGAAGAAGCAAACAAAAUCAGUGCCAAACUCAGGAAACACACAGUUUUCAGCAGACAUGAGGCAACCGAUAAAGAGAACGAGGGUGGAGACGCCCAACUGCAGGUCCAAGUUCAGAACACCAAACUGGGAAUUUCCACCUUCUGGAGUCUGGAGAAGUUCCAGAGCAACUUGGCUGCCAUGAGGGAGCUCGAGCAGGGGGAGAGCGCCUCUAAAGAUGACGACGUGUUUUACGACCCUAAUGAUGAGUGGGAACCGGACCUAUCCGCCUCUUCCUCAACCUCAUCUUUCUCUCGCAGAAGGAGUAGAAGCUUGCUAAAGAGCAGGAGGAUAUCUGGACGUCUCUAUGAGAUCCGAGUGCACCCUAUUCAAAGCCUACAUUGUGCUCCCUCACAGUCCACUGGGCUGAUGAACAAGCCUCCCUCCCUACACUCCAGCACGUCUGACUCCGCCGUCCCAGCCAUCUGCAAAGAUCUGAUUGGUUCUGCCGUUGCACGUCUGCGCUCUUGUCAGUCGGCCGAAGAGAAUGAAAGCUUGGCUGACAAACUGACCCUAGACCUGCUGGUGGUUCACAGUGCCGUGAGGUCCAUCGCAGACCUUUAUGAGCACCUUGACGACGAUGGCCAGGAGAACCUGUUUGCCUGCAGUACUGAAGCCCAGACUCAUCUAUUGAAGGCUACCUCUGCUGUUGAAAGGGCCGUGUUCAUUACAAUGCACUGGGUCUCCAGCAUUAAGCCCAGCUCUAACAUAGUGUCUCAGAGAACCGAGGAGCUCAAGACGGAGGUCAAGAAAAUCGGAGGCUACCUUCAACUACUCAUUCAGGGUUGUGACUCUGAGAUUUCCUCCAUGGUAACAGAGGCCCGGAAAAAGGUUGCCGAUUGUAUGAACGCGGCUCUCAAAACUAUCGGUUUGUUGGCGGCAGUGAAUGGAACUGAUCUUCAUUUGACUGAACUUGGUUCAGAGAUCAUAGACAAUAGGUCAGUUGUGGAUUCUCUGCAGGAAGGGAUGCAUCAAAGUGUGACAGAUCUUCUCUUCAUAGGUCUGAAAAUCUCUGCUGAGAUGCUUCAAGAUGCUCAGAUGACUUGCGCUGGAACACCGAUUCAGCAAUCCAAAAUGUGGGAUGUCGCCCACACUCUGAAAAGCUACUUCGACUGCUGCUUGUCGGAGAGGUCAGGCUCCACUGAGAAUCGUUCAGAGGAUGAUGAAGGCCCGGACUUGUGUGCCAUUCAGAACACCACCGCCAAACUCCUGAAGCUAAACAGGGCGAUCAAAGACCUCCACUCAUCUCUGUCAUGCUAUCUGAGAGGGAGUGGCAGCGAUGCUGGCCUUAGUCAAUCGAUACUGUCUUCAUCCAAGACGAUAGAUGAUGUCAUCAAUGGCCUUCCACAUGAAAUGACCGGAAGACGCUCCGACAGUCUUCAGCUUCCGUGUGCGAAGAAUGUCAUGGUUGCCCGUGAUAAAGUGCACUCUGCGUUGCAGGCUUUGUCAGCGGUGUUUGAUAAAAGCACAGACGGAAUACAGAUGCUGGGCACAGAAAGACACUUUGUUCAACCAGGUUAUGGCAACAGAAAUCGGACCGCGCCUAAAGUUGUGUAUUCUCUUUCCUCAGGCAUUAGCACGUGUUCCAGAGAUGUCCGCUGGGUGUAAUUUUGACUAGUCAUGUAUACAACCACAUUGGGUACAACAGUAAUGGUUAAUUGGCUAAAAUUGUCUCACUUUUCUUUGUGAUGUGUUUACAGUAUACAGGCCUUUUAUUUUAAUGAAGGGCUUAAUAGAAUAACUUAAGAAGAUGGAUUUCUGUGUAUUUUACAAAUGUCCCUUAUAACUCCUGCACUUCUGGAUAUAUUUUUUGCACUUGAAACCUUUGCACAGGCUUGGUAGUGCUGGUGUUUCACAAUUUCAUUCACAUGCAGAUUUUUAGCAUUUGUAGCAGCAUUUACUUUGGAUCAUGUAAUUGUUUCACACUAAUUUAUACUUGCAUUAAUAAACACUCACUGGGAUAAGAAA